CGGACGAGGACGUCGGUUUCGGUUUCGGAUUUGUAUUCGGAUUCGGUUUGAUGCUGCGAAAGUUGAGUCUGUGAAUUCAGUUGCAUCGUAGACGUCGCGACGGCAGCACACGCGUCGCUCCCCCACAGAGAAAACUCUGAGAAUACACACAGUAGAAUCACGCAGAGAAUCACGCCUAUAUAGCAUAUAGAUCUAAAGAAUAUCGCCCAAAAAAAACACAAAUAAAACCACUAACAACCGCGACACUCGCAGCGCAAAAAAACCAACAGUGUUUCAAAUGUUUAACAGAUAAAAACCCAAGGCCCUUGCCCCAAUGGCCGCCACACGUGUGUGCUCUUUAAGAAAGCAAAGAAAAUAAUUGAAAAGCCCAGAAGAACCCACUAAAAACCAACUCCAAAACUAUCCGAAUCAAAAGCAGAUCAAGUGUUACAACAAGCAUUCCAAAUGUUGUCCUGUUUGGCGCCGUCGUCUUCACGUUUCGGCCAAGAGGAUACCAUCAUUCAGCAGAGCAUGCCCUCCACCAACGCCUUCACCAUGCAGUUUCCCUCGCUGGCCGCCACUUUGCUCCACCACAACCAGUCGCCGAAGCACAGCAACGCGGGACCCACUGGGAUCCAGGACGCCCACCCCAACCAGCCAGGUGCAGCUGCAGAUGCCUUCUUGGUCAAGUGCACCCAGUGCCACAAGCGCUUCACAGAGUUUCAGUCCCUCACCGAACACAUUGCCAGCGAGCACCCCCACGACAAGCUGAACUGCGGAGCUGCCCAGCCGGAAAGCGAUGCCGAAGACGAGCAGAGCAACAUGAGCGGCAGCAGUAGACGGUUCACCAAGUCGCCGGUCACCAGCAGCAGCAACAACCAGUCCAGCAGCAACAUCAACAACAACAACAGUGAGCUGGCCAAGAACCAGAACAGCACCAACAAGAUGUCACCAAUGUGCUCACCUGGAUCGCUGAGCCACAGCGACCUGUUCGCCCAGCUGCAUCACCCACCGCCCCAGUUGCCACCCCACCUGCACGCCCAGUUCAUGGCCGCCGCCGCCUCCUUCGCCAUGCAAACCGCCCGAUCCGCCAGUUCGCCCAGCCAGCAGCAACAGCAGCAGCAGCAGCAGCAGUUGCAACAGCAGCAUCAGCAGCAGCUGGCCAUGCAGCAACUGCUGCCACCCCAACUGCCCGGCAGCAACAGCAGCGUGGGCAGCAAUUCCGCCUACGACCUGGAUCUCAGUGCCCCGCGGUCCACCUCGAGUCCGGGCUCCACCACCGGGGAUCUGAGCGGCGCCUAUCCCUGCAUGCAGUGCACCGCCUCCUUCGCCAGUCGCGAGCAACUCGAGCAGCACGAGCAACUCCACUUGCCCUGCGGCCAGACGGCGGGCACCAGUGUCUCUCAGACCUGCCGGAUUUGCCACAAGGCCUUCGCGAAUGUGUACCGCCUGCAGAGGCACAUGAUCAGUCACGACGAAAGUGCGCUCCUGCGAAAAUUUAAGUGCAAGGAGUGCGACAAGGCCUUCAAGUUCAAGCACCACCUGAAGGAGCACGUGAGGAUCCACUCGGGAGAGAAGCCCUUUGGAUGCGACAAUUGCGGCAAGAGGUUCUCGCACUCGGGCAGUUUCUCCUCGCACAUGACUUCAAAGAAGUGCAUCAGCAUGGGUCUGAAGUUGAACAACAAUCGUGCUUUACUGAAGAGACUGGACAAGAGUCCUGGUUCUGGAUCUUCGGGAUCCCGUCGAUCGCCUUCUGAUCACGGAAAUGCAAAGCUGCCAGAGCAGCCAACUCUUCCCGGGUUACCCAAUCCCAUGAUAUAUUUCGCCAGCGAUGCCCAGAACCAAGGUGGAAAUGCGGCACCUACGCCCUUCCCACCUUUCCACCCCACGAACUACAUGAACGCCGCCCUUUUGGCCUUCCCUCAUAACUUUAUGGCAGCCGCUGCAGCUAGCCUGGAUCCUCGGGUUCAUCCCUACAGCAUCCAAAGACUGCUGCAACUUUCCGCUGCAGGUCAGCAGCAAAGGGAGGAGGAACGGGAGCAGCAAAAGCAGCGGCAGGAAGAGGAGGAGCCUGCCGAUGAACCAAAAUUGGUGAUGGACAUCGAAGAGCCGGAGGCCGCGGAAAGAGUGUCUACACCGGAAGCCACAGUAGAAGUUACUCCCAUCAAGCAAGAGGAAAGCAGGGAAGCUUCUCCCGCUCCAGAGGGAUAUCUUUCAUCCCCUCAAGCCAUUAAACAGGAGCAAGAACCCCUUAACGUGGCAGAAGAACCUCAAAUCUCGAUGGAGGAACCGGCUCAGCCAGAGCCAGCAGCCGAUCUGCGUUGCAGUCGCUGCUCCAAACAGUUCAAUCAUCCCACAGAGCUCGUACAACAUGAAAAGGUUCUUUGUGGUUUGAUCAAGGAGGAGUUGGAGCAACACUUCCAGCAGCAACAGGCUGCAACCUUCGCUUUGCCCUCCGCCAGCGAAGAGGACGAGGAUGAUGAAGAGAUAGAGGAGGAACCCAGGCAGGAAAGUGGCGAACGGAAAGUCCGAGUGCGAACGGCUAUUAACGAGGAACAGCAGCAGCAGUUGAAGCAGCACUACUCCCUGAAUUCCCGACCCAGUCGAGAGGAGUUCCGCAUGAUAGCAGCCCGUCUGCAGUUGGAUCCUCGAGUGGUUCAAGUCUGGUUCCAGAACAACCGCUCCAGGGAACGCAAAAUGCAAAGCUUCCAGAGCAAUCAAGGCACCGCACCAACGGUGACCAAUGAAUCUCAGGCUCCACUAACCCGAGAAGAUCAACCUCUGGAUUUGUCAAUAAAGAGAGAUCCCCUCACACCCAAAAGUGAGAGCUCGCCUCCUUAUAUAGCUCCUCCAUCGGGAGAGCCCUUAAAUCCCGAGGCCAUCAAUCUCAGCAGGAAGUUUUCCACAUCAGCAUCGAUGUCACCAGCUUCGAUUUCACCGUCAUCCGCGGCAGCCUUAUACUUUGCAGCUGCCCCGCCGCCUUCGCCACCAAAUAGUCAAAUGGAUGCCACUCCUCGAAGUGGUCAGGCCUUCCCGGGACUACCCCCCUACAUGCUGCCUAUGCCGUUGCCCAUGGAGGCGCUGUUUAAGAUGCGCCCGGGUGGGGAGUACGCUCCCAAUCAUCCCCUGAUGAACAGUAUUAAGCUGCACGAUUACCGAGGCACUAGUCUGAGCCCCGGUGGAUCGGAGAAGCGUUCGUGGCGGGACGACGACUCGCGUAUCUCGCAUGAGGAUGAGUUUGGAGGCGGUGUCUUGAUGCCACCGAAACCCAAGAGGGGCAAGGCGGAGACCCACGGACACGCGGGUGAUCCCGAUUUGCCCUACGUGUGCGAUCAGUGCGAAAAGGCCUUCGCCAAGCAAAGUUCGCUGGCACGACACAAAUACGAGCAUUCCGGUCAAAGACCCUACCAGUGCAUGGACUGCCCGAAGGCCUUCAAGCACAAGCACCACCUCACGGAGCACAAGCGUCUGCACAGCGGUGAGAAGCCCUUUCAGUGCUCCAAGUGCCUGAAGCGAUUCUCGCACUCGGGCAGCUACAGCCAGCACAUGAACCACCGGUAUUCCUACUGCAAGCCGUACAGGGAAUAGGUAAGCGACACCUCAGUGCCGCCCACCUGCCAACCAGGAGCAAAUCCCCCGGCGCCGCCUACGACGGCCAGCAAUCGGGGGCGUCGUCGGGCUCAGGUUCCGGCGGGGAAU